AUGGCGACGGCGACCGCGCCGGCGGGCCCCCUCGCUGGCUCCCUCCCUCCGGCCGGGGAGGCGCCGGGCCGGGGGCUGCAGAGCCGGGCGGGCGGCUGCGCAGCGUCGGAGCCUCGGUCCCGGCCGUCCGGGCCGGCUGCCUCGGGCCCCGAGGGGAGCGAGAGCCGGAGAGAGGUCCGGAGCUGCGGGCGCACGCCCUCCGCGGGCCCCUGUCCCACCCGGACCCACCCGCCGAGCGCAGAGGCAGCGGCGCGGGCUAGGCAGUCGACGCGGCAGAGCGCCCUCCUCCGCUGCGCCACUCCACUGGAGACUGUCCCCGAGCGGACCGGAGUGGGCAGCAUGGAGGUCCUAGGGAAGCCCUCCCAGCCCCCCAACGCCAGCUGGCCUAGAAGCCAGAAUGGAAGUAGUGCUGAGGCUGACCCGGCUGCAAACCUCACCUUCUCCUCCUACUACCAGCACUCCUCGCCAGUGGCGGCCAUGUUCAUUGUGGCCUACGUGCUCAUCUUCCUCCUCUGCAUGGUGGGCAACGCCCUGGUCUGCUUCACUGUCCUCAAGAAUCGGCACAUGCGCACUGUCACCAACGUGUUCAUCCUCAACCUGGCCGUCAGCGACCUGCUGGUGGGCAUCUUCUGCAUGCCCAUCACUCUUGUGGACAACCUCAUCACGGGGUGGCCCUUCGACAACACCACAUGCAAGAUGAGUGGCUUGGUGCAGGGCAUGUCCGUGUCAGCGUCUGUUUUCACCCUGGUGGCCAUUGCUAUGGAAAGGUUCCGCUGCAUCGUGCACCCUUUCCGCGAGAAGCUGACCGUGCAGCAGGCGCUGGUCACCAUCGUGGUCAUCUGGGCCCUGGCCCUGCUCAUCAUGUGCCCCUCGGCCGUCACGCUGACGGUCACGCGUGACGAGCACCACUUCAUGGUGGACGCCCACAACCGCACCUACCCGCUCUACUCGUGCUGGGAGGCAUGGCCCGCCCAGGGCAUGCGCAGGGUCUACACCACCGUGCUCUUCUCCCACAUCUACCUGGCGCCCCUCGCCCUCAUCGUGGUCAUGUAUGCCUGCAUCGCCCGCAAGCUCUUCAAAGCCUCGGGCCCUGCCCGGGCCGGCGAGGAGGCGACCACGGAGGGCGGGCGGGCGUCCAGGCGCAGGGCCCGGGUGGUGCACAUGCUGGUCAUGGUGGCGCUGUUCUUCACGCUCUCCUGGCUGCCGCUCUGGGCGCUGCUGCUCCUCGUCGACUAUGGGCAGCUCAGCGAGCCGCAACUGCACCUGGUCACCGUCUACGCCUUCCCCUUGGCCCACUGGCUGGCCUUCUUCAACAGCAGCGCCAACCCCGUCAUCUACGGCUACUUCAACGAGAACUUCCGCCGUGGCUUUCAGGCCGCCUUCCGCGCCCAGCUCUGCCCGCUGCAGUGGGGGAGCCACAAAGAGGCCUACUCGGAGAGGCCCAGUGGGCUCCUGCGCAGGCGGGCCCUCACCGACGUGCAUCGCAGCGACUCCGGCCUGCCCUCCGAGUCGGGGCCGAGCAGUGGGGCCCGCAGGCCUGGCCGCCUCCCGCUGAGGAAUGGGCGGGUGGCCCACCAUGGCUUGACCCCGGAGCGUCCUGGCUGCUCCCCCAUGCCCCUCACCACACCAGCCUGGGAUCUCUGA